UACGACCUUAUACGAUCGAGGAACCAGGCUGGAACGUUAACCGCGUUGAACUGAAUACAUCCACAGCACAGCCCACAGCGGACUGCCACCAACGCAGUGCCCCCGCCUCCGUCGAUACAUCUCCCCGAAGCUUAAGCAAGCCCAAGCUCAGGGGUCCGAGGAUGUCGACUCGAAAGAGGCUCAAACAUGCUGCGCGUGCGCAGUGCCGCCCCUAUCCCUGCGUCCCGACUGGUCCCCUCGGGGCGGACACAUUUUAGACGAGAAAUCCGCAGCCGCGCAGGUUUGAACGUAUAAGAGCGUGCUGAACAACUUGUCAAACGUUAACGCCCCUUCCCAUCUGUCCCGUCUUGACAUAGUACUGACCUUUCCGGAAUGUCAUCUACUAUCAACUACGCGAAAGCCUAUGGCAUCGACUCAAUAGCGGGAGCGAUCAUCUUCACCAUUCUCUACAUCCCCUUCCUCGCGCUCUAUGUCUUCCAAGGUAUUCGCAGACGGACGCGCGUGUAUUUCUCGCUCACGCUCUUCUGCCUCAUCCGGGUGGUUGCGUUCGCUCUGCGCUCCGCCUUGGCAGGCUCGACGGCGGCUGCGACGGACGAAAACGUCUUCAUCGCCUACGAGGUCAUCUACAAUAUCGGUUUCUUCGGCGUGCUCUACUCCGCCUAUACCCUUGUCCUCGAGAGAGAGUCGCUCGUAGACAUGGAUACCAUCCUAAUGUACUGCCCCGGACCCCUCCAGCUCAUCUUCCGUAUCACGCGCCGACGAUCACUCGUCCGCAUCAUGCUCAUAGUUGCCGUCGCUAUAGGCAUCGCUGGAAUCACGGAUAUCACAAACGCAAAGUCCGAGGCAGACGUCAACGAGGGCACGUCGCUCCGGAGCGCGAGCGUGUACAUCUUCCUCGCGGUCACAUGUCUGCUCGUGGUGCAGGCUCUCGCGCUCAGUGUUGCGACGAUGCGCACGCUCGACAAAGAGAUUCAUGCCGGGCAGCAGCAGUCCUAUGGCCGCGGCGCACCUGGCGAGACGUUCGGGAUCUUCGUCCUCCUCGCGAUCUCCGCGCUCCUCCUCGCACGGGAGGCAUUCUACGCCGCGACGACCCACAAGACCGCUCAGCAAACGAAUGAGCACCUCUGGUACCCGCUCUCCGCCUUGACGGAGUUCAUCGCGAUUGCCCUCUUUGCAGUCCCGGGCCUCAUUCCCGCGCAGGACGAGCUGCCGCAGGAGGAGCGCGAAAUGAAUCUUUUGGCGUGAAGUCGCGCGAAUUGCCAGGACUGCUGAUGAUACCGCGAUGGGAGUUGAUGAUGUGACGAGAUUGCUCGGUUUUCGCAGUAUGUUAUUGACCGUGCUCCGUAUAAUAUACACGAUACCCCUGACGCUCACGCUCUGAGAGGAGAUCUCAGGAUGCCAAAGAAUCGGCGUUGGGUUGCAACCGUGAAUCAGUAAACCGACUGCUACGUGUUCACCAACUCAUUUCACGCAAUCUCGCAUGCAAUUCGAGGUCUGGGUCAUGAGUAAUUAUACCCGAAGUUGAUCACGACCUCCCGACUGACAGAUUUCGGUCGUCACAAACGGACGGCGUGAAUCGAAGACUAUCACAUCCCACUCUGUACACACACCGAAGAUCGCACUAGUUGAACGAGUGUAUACUGGCAUCUGCACAAGUACAUGAAGACAGAGGCGCCGACGGCGCGUCGAAUCGGAAUGACAUUCCGAUCUGU